AUGGCGCAAUACGAUGUCCUCGUCACAGGCUCCUCUGGUCAUUUAGGCCACGCCCUCAUGAUAACACUGCCGUCACUCGGAUUCACCCCAAUUGGAAUCGAUAUACUCGCUUCAGCCACGACUACUUGUGUCGGCUCAGUAACAGACCAAGAGCUCAUUGCCAACAUCCUUCAAAAACACGCCAUCAAGCACAUUCUCCAUACGGCAACGCUCCACAAGCCUCAUGUUGAAUCCCACACCAAGGACGACUUUGUGCAAACAAACAUUGCAGGAACUCUAGUCCUCCUCGAAGAAGCAGCAAAACUUGGAAACCAACUUGAAAGCUUCAUCUUCUUCAGCACAACCAGCGCCUUCGGAAGCGCUCUCAGCCCAAAGCCCGGCUCUCCUGCCGCAUGGAUAGACGAAACCGUCACGCCCAUCCCCAAAAACAUCUACGGCGUGACAAAAGUCGCUGCCGAAGACAUCUGCCACCUCUUCCACAAACAGCAUAAGCUGCCAAUUCUUGUCCUUCGCACGAGCCGCUUCUUCCCGGAGCAAGACGACGACGAAGACCGACGCAACUCAAUGGGGGACGACAACUUGAAGGUCCUGGAGAUGGCGUAUCGCCGCUGUGACAUAAAGGACAUUGUAUCAGCAACUACAUGUGCAAUGAGCAAGGCGAGGCAAAUCGGCUGGUCGAAAUACAUCAUCAGCGCCCCGCCGCCGUUCUCAAACGAUGUGGAGACGCUGGCUACACUGGAUAGAAACCCAGAAGAAGUGAUUAACAAGGUGGUGCUUAGAGCGAAGGCGGUGUUUCGGGAGAAGGGAUGGAAGUACUUGGAUCGGAUGGAUCGUGUAUAUGAUUCAAGCAAGGCGGUUCGUGAACUUGGCUGGGAGCCGGAAUACACGUUUGCGCGGACGAUUGAGAGGAUUUCUCGGGGAGAGGACUGGCGCAGCGACUUGGUUGGGAAAGUAGGAAAAAAGGGAUAUCAUGCUGUCAGCCAUGGGGUGUAUACUGCGUAG